AUGGAUGGACAAAUGGUGGUGAAAGAGGAGGAGGAGGAGGAGGAGGAGGACAACGUCGACAAAGAACCGAAGCUUCUAUCCAGGCACCAAUGUGCAAGAACAAAAGGCGGGGGCGAGAGAGAGGGCGCAGAGCUUUCAGAAGAGUGUCUGCUCUGGCGCUUCCAAAGUCCGAUGUCGGCGAAUCAGCAUCCUAUAGCCGUGCAGUCGAUCUCCGCCACGGGGACACUUGGCAAGGCGCCGUGUACGGAACAGCGACGAAAGGACCCCAAUCCGACGACAGGAAAUCCACUUGACCGCCAAGAUCCGCUAGGCCGCCGUGUCGAAUGUGUCAGACCAAGGACGCCUCGACUUUGCGACAUGGGCAAAGAGAGGCUCGAACGGCACUCGCCAGCUCUCCCCUUCCUUACGGCUGAUCCCGACCCGAACCGCAUCGUGGCUUUCUCCAUCUUGUUGCUCAUCCCGUUGAAACUACAAACGGGGCCAGUGGAUACUGUGCCACGACCAUAG